AUGUUGGUAAAAACAGUAAAGAGAACUGUAUCAAGAGAUGCAUCAAAUAAUGAAGUAUUUGUUCCAAUAGAAAUUAUAGCUACAAUACCAAAUAAUAUUGAUAGUGAAAACAGUAAACGUAUCCCCAUAUCUUUGACUUUCCGUAAUGUCAAUGAUUCACAAGAAAUUGCAAAAUUACAAUGUUAUCACUAUGCGAUUCCCAGGUACAACUCGAAAGACAUCGUGGAUAUACCACUAAUAUCUUCAGUUAAUGAUUGGAUCAGUGAAGUAUCAAGAAAGAUUGCAGUGUCUAUAGCGAGGAAAUAUGGUAAACCAUGUUAUGUUGCUUGGAGUUCAUCACAAAGUAUUGAAAACACCAGCUUCCCAAUGGACCAACUGUUUAUUUUGAAAAAGUGCAAAGACCUAUUGGAAUCUAUUAUUGCAUAA